AUGGCAGAGGCUGAAAUUUAUCACUGUACAUCAGACCUGCAACUUGAAGAUGGUUUGAAACUGCUCAAAAAAUUGCCCAUCCAGGAGACCGACGUUGUUCUUGAUCUGGGAUGUGGCACAGGUCGUCUAACCAGUAAUAUUGCAAAGAGAGUAAUCAAUGGAAAAGUGAUUGGUAUUGAUCCUGAUGAAGAAAGAAUAAAAAUAGCAAUGGCCGAGAGUACAGGAGACAGCACCAGUUUGCAGUUCAUGAUAGCAUCAGAUCAAUCUUUCCCUGAAAACCAAUAUGAUCAUGUUGUAUCUACUGAUGUUAUUCAUUGGAUUAAAGACAAAGAAGCAGCUUUUACUAGAGUGUACAAUAAUCUUAAACCGGGAGGAAAAUUUGGUUUUACAACAGCUCAUGGUAGCAUCAUAAAUAGUCUCAUGAUGGAAAUAUUUCAGCUGUGUGAAGUUGCUGAUAAUAUGAUAGCUUUGGAACACUGUGAAUUGGGCGACUAUUACAAGGAGCUGGCUAUUAAAACAGGUUUUGUUGUUGAUUUCUUAGAAAUAACAGAAAGGUCUAGUCAAUAUAAGAGCAUAAAUUCUUUUAUUGAUUUUUUUUAUGCUGUGUAUCAAGGUAAAUUUGACAAGAAUCAUCCUGCCCUUGAUGACCUAAAGAAGAAAUAUGAAGGAAAAGUUGUCAAACACGUUGGAAAACGUCUGACUGUAGUAUUAACUAAACCAAAUUAA